UUUAAAGAGCAGAGAGAUCUUCAGCCGCCAGUUGUCAGCGUCAUCAGAGCGAGAUUCGCGACACUCCGCCCGACAUGGCCGUCUAGAUGGUAACAGCGCUUGGUGUUCUGCGAGAAGCAGCUUCGCAAAAUAUUUUCAGAUCGAUUUCGGCCGCACCGUUGAGGUGACUUCUGUUGCUACUCAAGGACACCCGAGAGAAGAAAAAUGGAUCCAGAGAUAUAUAUUGAGAUAUUCACUGGGGAAGAAUUGGUUCACUUACCAAGCAUCAGGCCGUGAUAAAGUAUUCAAAGGAAACAGGGAUGGCAGGAGUGCUGUGAGACACUAUUUAAAGGAACGGCUGGUGGCUAAGAAAUUAAGAAUAGUACGCCAUGAAAACUCACGAGACUUCAUGGGAUCCACUGUAUGCUUGAGGGCUGAGGUGUAUGGAUGUUCAUUCGACACAGAAUGUCUCACCUUCGGUUCUGAAGUAUUUGCUCACUGGAAUUCCAUCAAGAAACAUACGCGCUAUAUUCAUGGCUACGUCACAAAGGUUCACCGAACAAGCGUCCAUAUAUCUCCCUCGGGUAAACAUGGUGGAAACGCCGACAGCAUCUUUGAAUUACCACGAGAGAAGGAAUUUUACGUGAUCAAAGAUGAAAAAUCCAGUCCACAAGAGAUAAAAAUUGGAUCGGAUGUCAUCGUAGCUUCCAAGGAUAAAGUCGGUUUUUCCCAAGGCAAAGUGACGCAGAAAUAUUACUCUUGGUAUGGAGUCGAACUCGGCAACGGAAAGACGGUUUGGGGGAAAGUGGACGAAAUCAGGCUACUGAAAAGGCCAAUUUAUUGUGAAAAAGAAUAUAUAACGGCAUGAAAUGUUAUAGAUUUUUUCGAGAUAUCUUUGAAUGACAGUGAGAAGCAACACUUUACAUCUUUAAUUGUAUGAUUAGGAAAGUGGGUACCCUUCUGUUUUUAGCCUUCGUAGAACGUUUAAGCGACCGAUUAUCUAAGAGUUCCAUAACUUACUUUAGAGAGUCAACUCUCAA